UGAAGUGGAUAUAGUUGCUGGAGUUGUGAAAACCUUGCCUGCACCAGUCGAACAGAAGCGCGAGCAGGAUUUCUUAAAACAUGCAAUAAAAAAACCAAAGCAUAUCUAUUAAAAAACAAAACAAAACGUAAACUACUAAAUAAAAACCGACCCGUCACUGAACUAAAGUGUGCCCAUUGUUUGUGUGUGUCGAAAACAGUAAUUAAAUAAGCAAGACGCUUAACUUUUUUUCCUCUUUGGAAGACGAGUUUAAUGAAGUAAAAAGAAAAGAUAAACAUAAAAAGCAGCCCAUUCCAGUGGCGGUGUGAGCGUCUCUCCGCCCAAGAGAGCAGACUUCUGAAGUGGGUAGGGAAUUUCAUCUUAAGUGAGAUGCUUUCGGGUUUGACGGCAUUGGGACUCAGCAGUUAAACCUGGUACAGUACUGAACUGUUGGAACAACCACAAUGUAAUAUAAAAAGGGCAGAACCACGUGGACGUUUAAGAAGGUGAGGCAUUAAAGAACGGUCGGUGUGGUGAUUGGGUUUUGUCUUUCAAAAAUCCAAAAAUGAUUCCACCAAGCAACACGUUAGAAGAUGCAGACACCAUAGAAAAAAACGAACAUGAGCAGACGGAGCAGCCACAGUCACCGACAUCAACGCUCCAGAAGCUGAAGAGAUCCCUAUCCUUCAGAACCAAGAGCCUGAGGAGUAAGAGUGUUGAAAACUUUUUUCAAAGAACCAACAGUGACAUGAAGCUGCAGGUGGACUUGUUAUCGAAAGUGAGCACCAGUACUGGGCAGCUGUCCACCUUGGGGAGCCUGACCUCUUCACCCACCAAGAGCCAGAAGCAGGUGGACACCAGGGCACACAGUUUCAUGGAGCACGUAUUCAAGAAGCCCACCUUCUGUGACGUAUGCAACCACAUGAUUGUCGGCACCAAUGCCAAACAUGGACUGCGCUGCAAGGCAUGCAAAAUGAGCAUCCAUUACAAAUGUGCAGACGGUAUGGGGCAACAGCGCUGCAUGGGCAAACUGCCGAAGGGAUUUCAGCGUUACUACAGCUCCCCGCUGCUCAUCCAGGAACAGUUUGGCUGCAUCAAAGAGGUGAUGCCCAUGGCCUGCAGUAGUAAGGUUGACCCAGUGUAUGAGACUCUGCGCUUUGGGACCUCACUGGCACAGAAAACGAAGAGGACUGGGAGCAUUGGGAGCGGGUCUGAAUCCCCCCAGCGCAACUCUACCUCUGACCUGGCUGAAGUACCUGAGGAAACAGAUGCUCAUGGCAGCCUUGUAGGCCCCACCAGGAAACGCUGCGACAGUGACAGUGUAUUUACUUCACCAGAAAAUGGAACAGAACACUUUCACACUGAACAAAAGAAGCAGGAAGACUCCCCGGCAAAAAGACAACAACAUAAGGAUUUAUUACAGCUGAACACCUAUGUUGCCUUGUUCAAAUUUGUACCGCAGGACAACGAAGACUUAGAAAUGAGACCAGGGGACAGCAUUAUUCUACUAGAUGACUCUAAUGAAGACUGGUGGAAGGGUACAAUUGAAGACCGGGUUGGAUAUUUCCCAGCAAACUUUGCGCACCAGGUGAAGGCAGGCGAGAAAGUUUAUAGAUGCACAAGAACGUUCAUCGGCUGCAAAGAACAAGGCCAGAUCAUACUGAAAGAGGGCCAGAUUUGCGUGGCCAACAAGGAAGAAACCAAUGGCUUUAUCAAAGUGUCCAAUGGGAAGAAGAAGGGAUUUGUGCCUUUUGAUGUCUUAGAAAACGUUUGAUCUCAUGAAGCAGAUCCUUGUGCAGAAGAAAUCAUUGCCCUCAUUUUUCACACUGUGUCGGCAGUUCUGCAGAAAAGAACGAAUAUUGAGGAACAUAAAAAAGGCAACCAAAAGACAUUGCUUGUAAAAUCCUCUGAUCAAAGAGAAAAUCUGAAACAGAAGAUGGACUUUGAAAACCUCCACUUAUUAGUGGUGGCUACUGUAUUGUACUGUGCUGUACUGCAUUAUUUAGGAAUUGUUUACUUAUUUCUUAACUAUCAAUAACAUUGCUUUUUGGAAAGCCAAGCACAGAUGAAUGUGUCCAAAGUCUGACUAUGUCUUGUUUAUCGAUAGUUCCUUACCUGUGUAGAAACAUACAGUAUGUGUCUGUCGUACAGUUUCUACUGAAGCGUGUGAGAAUAUGAACAAAGUGUGUCUCUCUUGUCUGUCUACAUUGUAUGAAGCUUUACAGUUCUGAGGCAGCUCUUGACACCCCCUAUUGAAAAUACCAUCUGUCUGGGAAUUUUUGUAAGGUAUAGCACUGUUUUAAAUGUGAGUUGUUGAGGUCUUGCCUAGUGGUUUCUAGCCUGGUGUUUUUGUGUAGAGCAAUUUGUAUGUUUACAUGUUACAGUUUAGAAGUUAGAUUUUAGAUUUGACUACUUUAAUAAGGGCCGAAAUUAUCUGAGCAAGCUUUUUGAAUGGCCUCUCAUGUAAUGCACACUCUUACAUGCACAUAAAUGCCAGUUAUAAUGUAUUUAGAGUCUCUCCUUUGAAUCGAAAUUACUACCUCUGAUCGAAAUUUGGAGUCAACAGUUAAUUGGUAAUAUUUUCCUUAUUAUAUAAAGAUAUAGAAGUUAUGAAAUAUAUAAUUAGGUUUAGAAAGAUGAGGAAUAAGGAGAUAGAUCUCUGCAAAAAAAAACAUAUACUAUAAAUGUUUAAAAAUCUUUUUUUUGAUCGGCAAUCCACAUUUAGAUUUAAAGGAAUAUAAGCACUAUUGCUUCAUGGCCUUGGAGCUUGAAGAAAGCAAAUAAAAUACAAGACAAGAAAACAAUUAUUUAGUAUGGUGUUUUUUAGAAAAUAAUAAUAAUAAUAAUAAUAAUAAUAAUAAUAAUAAUAGACUUCUAUUUGGGAACCCUAAUCUGUAGAGCAUAUCUAAAUAUUCCAAAUGUACAGUAAAUGUGUUUUCUGAUUUACGCCAGAAAUAGUGACAGAACCUGUCUUACUCUGCAUUUCUAAAACAACAUUUUAUCAGAAUAUUUUCUGAGUUUAAUGUGUUAGCUGUAUAACUGGUACUGAGUUAUUUGUAAUGUGCUUAAUUUACAAAACUGCAAAAUCCUAAUUCACAGUUCUCUAUAAUACACUUGUUAGAUUUAGGAUCACAUUUAUAAGUGGUCUGCAUUGCAUUUAACAAUGAAAUAUUUUCUAUAUUGAGUUUGUUAUUUGGGACAUCUGAAAUCGAGUGCCCUAAUCACAAAGCUUUAACUUUAAUUUUAAAAAAAAACUGCUCUAAUGUCUUGUUCCAUGCCAUAGAUAUGAUGUAGGCUAGAUCAUCCAAGAUCAUCCAGCAUCAUCCAAUAUUAGUAAGUGCCACUACCACCUAUCAAACAGCAGAGUAUUGACAACAAAAACAAAGGAAAUGUUUUUUCCAAAGUGGCAGAUCACUAGAUGGCGUCGGCUCUUACUUCUAUAAAGACACUUUGCCUGAUCUAGGCUAGGUUACUUAUAUCUAUACUUAUAUCUUAUAUCUAUGGCAGGAAACUAGAACUGAAAAGUACAUCCUGAACUCAGAUAAAGGAAUGUAUUCCAUUCAAAUAGACUUCUUUAAAUAACUCCUGGGUUAGAGCUUUGUGACUAGGGCCCAAUGCUAGGUUUCAUUACAAGCUAUUGUAAUUAAAAGCAUUGAUAGGAGUUAGAUUGUUUUGCCUAGGUCCUAGAAUUGAUUUGUGUUUCAUUUUGAAUCUAACUCUUACACUGUAUUUUUCUAGAUUGUCAGUGUCUUUAGUCUGCAAUUAUUUUAGUUAUACAUAAAAAACUUCUCAGUCAGAAGGCACAAGUGUCAUUGUCCAUCCAUUAACAGUCCAAAGCACCUUUGACCAUUGUUCCAUAGACCAAUUUCUGUGUUCUUGUGCAUAAUUUAGCCUUUUAGUCUUGUUCCCCUUUCUUACUGCAAGACAUCCUUUAAGUCCUGAUUUCAAGAGUGACCUUCGUACUGUUGAUUUGACGGACAACGACACCUGUGCCUUCUGCCAGUUCUGUUGUCAAUUCAAUGCUUGUCUUCUUUCUAUUCCUUAAGGAUAUUAUCUUCAGGUAUUGCUCAUCCUUGUUAGACAGUUGUUUUAUGUCUUCCAGUCCUGGGUUUGUCAAUUACAGAUGAUGUUUCUCUGUACUUGUUGAUUAUGCUUCGGAUACCACACCUUGAAAAUCGAGUGAUGAGAGCUAUUUCACUCAAUGUUUUUCCUUCUUUAUGCAAGUCAAGGUUGUUAUAAUAGUAGAAAACACUACUGGAGGCUUUGGGUAAAUUGUUGAUGCUCAUAAUGCAUCAGAGUAGAAAAAUGCAACAUGUCCAAGACUUUUG